AAUUCUAGUUCUUACAGAUAAUAUCUAAUUUCACAUAAAAUGGGUUCAAUAUAUUUCAAAAGCAAAACAUACAACAGAUUCUUAGUGACUCUUGUUCUCGUCUCCAUAGUCAUAAUAUUUAUAUUGAUUAGCUAUCAACACCAAAGUAAUCUUGAGAACCUCAAAUAUCAACGUAAAGUAGUAGAAGUUGCAUCAACAUCAGAGUUAACGACAAAGGAAUACGUGAGGGACAUUACAAAACCAAAUAUAACGGAACUACAAUUUAAGCCUUGCAAACAAAAGGCAGUUGUAAUAUUUGCCGGAUUCCGAACGGGAUCUUCAUUUUUUGGUGAAUACUUCAAUCAACACCCUGCAGUUUAUUAUUUAUUUGAGCCGUUACUAGGCGAUGAAAAUGACCGGAUAAAACUUUUGAAAAAUCUUUUGAAAUGUAAUUAUUCUGAAGUGGAAAAAAUUUACGGAAAGAGAAGUAACGAAGCCGAAUGGGUCAAAUGCAAAUCAAAUGUGUGUUUCUCUGGACGAAGCAGUUUUUUAUGGAGAAAUACAAAUCUUUGUAAAAACAAACAUCCGUUUUGUGGUGUGGAUGUCUUGGACAUAAACGUAUUAUCAAAAGUUUGUCGUCAAAGUAUAGCAAUUGCAUUUAAAGUCGUCAGAUUAUAUCAUCUUAGCGAUCUAGAAGAAUUUCUUUUGGAUCCAGAACUUGAUCUUAAAGUUUUGCAUCUAUUCAGAGAUCCUCGGCCAGCUGUUCCAUCGCGAAUAAAAAUGUCGGGAAAUAAUAAAUCAGAAUCAAAAAUAUCAAACCAAACUUUGAAAUACAAACAAUCAGCUGAAUAUUUGUGCAGAUUUUAUGAUAGAAACUUACUUUAUGUUAAAAACUGCAUCAAACGCCAUAAUUCCAGUAACUCAAACCUUCCGUUUGCUUGCAACAGUACGAUUUCUAAUGCUUGGAAGAAUAGUUACCUGCGCUUAACUCAUGAAUAUAUUAGUGAAAGACCGUUCGAUGCUCUUGAACUGGUUUAUAAAUUCGUUGGAAUCAAUUUUGAUGCGAACGUUGCCGAAUGGAUAUCAGAUCACACGAGCAUUGCCGCAACAAAUAACACAAAACAUACAGAAAAAAAUAUCUCUGGAAAGUUCUUUGGAACUUCGAGAGAUUCAAAGAAAGUUUUAAACUCUUGGAGAUUGGAAGAACAAUUUGUAGAUGUGGAAGCGAUACAGAAACCUUGCAUUAAUGCAAUAAAAAGUUUAGGAUACAUUCCCGUAGUCAACGAAACUCAUUUGAAAGAUAUUUCAUUUAGUUUGUACAAUAUUAAUAACUCUGUGGUUGGGUCGUUUGUAAGAUACCCGCUGUAGAACUGCUGACUAUAUUGCUCUUGUGGUUGCAGGUUCAAAAUCGUGUUGAUCUUAGAGUUAGACCAUCUUCCCAGAGACACCCUGCCGAUCUUUUCAUUAAUCUGCAAUUAAUCAUUAGUCCAAGAAACAGCGUGAAAAAUCUUAUCUAAAUUUUCGUCAUUUUCAAAUUCGUAUAAAUUUGUCGUUGUUUAUACAUGAAUACUUAUUUGUAGAUAAUUACAGAAUAUUUUAAAAAUGAAUUCAUUCUAGAAUCUAGAUUUAAUUGCCAAAAUAAAUGUUGAUACGUGAUAUUACCGUAUAUAUAUAUAUAUAUAUAUAUAUAUAUCUGUUAAACACACGAAAAUCUAAUUUAGUUAUGCGGUUAAUUCAGUAAUAGUUUUCAACUAUAUUUAUAGUGUCUGUAGCUCCUUUCAUUCCUGUGCUCGGCAGUAUCUCCGCCAGGGAAUCAUUAUCUUCAAUAUUUUAAUUCUGAGUGAAUUCUCGAGACCUUGCUUCAACAAAUAUUAUCGAAAUAAUAUUCAAAAAUGCGCUGAAUAUUUGUAGCAUUCGUGCAGGUUUUAUUGCCAACAUUUUUGAUAAUUUAUUAUUGAUGCAUGAAAUUUUUGGGGUCCUUGGAGUCUUUUUUAUACAUUUUCGAGCGUUUUUCGUUGCCUUCCAAUUAACGAACAUAAGAAAAUAAAUGACUAGCAAAAAUGAUUUAAAAUACAACAAUUUCAUAUUUGCUAGUUCUCGUAAUUGCUUACGAUGUAUUCGUAAAUAUAAAAACAGUUUUAUUGAAGUAAUUUAUUGAAAUUAAAUAAACUGUAUUUCAUCAGCAAUAAGUUACUAAAGCGUUUGACAUUAUCAGUAUCAGAGCGUAGCUAUCGUAAUGAGUCCGAUCCCAAUAGUCGACUACCUUAGGUGCAUGGACAAUUGGGAUAAUAUAAUGCAUGUUAUAUGCUGGUCAAAUAACUGUUGUAAUACAAUGUAUGUGGCAUUUUUGCACUAAUGCACAUUAUGCUAGGUUUUGUUUUUUUAAAAGAGGAAUGAUUCAAAAGUUGUUUCCUAUUAAAAUAAAUUGUAUUUAAAUAUCGAGUAUUUGACAGAUUUUAUGUAUACAAACUGGGACCACAGAUAAUUCAUUCUGAAUGACAAGCAUAUCUCAAUACUUUUGAUAUACAAUCUUUCAUAAGUCAUAAUCGAUAAUUCACAACUUUGAACCCUCACUCAUGAAAUCAUAAUUGUAGUGUCUGUCUUUCUGUUAUUUUGUGCACUGUAAUACAAUACACUGAAAC